CUUGUUAGACAUAGAUAUAUUUUCCCUAAUUCAAAUGUUUUCUAUAAAGCAACCUCUUACUUUAAAUGUCACAUUUAUUUUUCAACACCGAUGCACUUGGUUCUGAUCCAGUGACAGUGCCACAAGUGCUUAACUCCCACAUAAACGUGCACAAAUACAUAGACUUUCUCACUAUUUCUCUAUCUUACACCCAUAGCUACACAGAACUGCAUACAUAUUCUAGAUACUUUCUAUUUUAGUGUUCAUAAUUAUUUGAUGAUGGGGCUUCUAGUUUCUCAACCACCCCUUUGUACACACGAUCUAGCUAUGAAUAAUUUAACUCAGUGAGCUAAAAAGGUGGAUCCCUUAAAACAGCAGGUACACUCAAACUCUGGAGGCAGGACACAGAGCAUUUUUCCUCCUAAAUUUAACAUCCGCCCACUCCUUAUACACAGCUUUUCUGCCGGACUCUCUUCCACCAAGCUGGAAAUAAGUCCAAUAUUUUAAUCCAUCAAUCCACACGGUCACCUAAGCCCAAGGCAACACGGUGUCAAGCUAAUGCCAUUCCACCCGAGAAAGACUUCGUAUAUGGACUGACGCUUUCCCUGCACCUCAUUGUCAGUCAUCCACAAUGGAGGAACUCCAAAGGAAACUGAACCAGCGCUAUGAAGGCACCAAGCCCAGAAAGGUGAGAUUCAAGCUGGCGUCAUCCUACAGCGGUCGGGUGCUGAAGCACGUGUAUGAGGAUGGUCAGGAGGUGGAGAGUCCAGAGGAAAAAUACCCUCACAGCUUCGUGCAUCGUAAAAUCCCGCCCAGCCACCUUGAGAUGGAGCAGUUCUGCAGCUUUGAGGAGACUCAAAGGGAAGAACAAGGUUUCUAUCCCACAACAGGACUCAUUGCCCAGAGAAUAAAUGUAUACAGAGGGCUGAGAAACUACAAGCCUGCGGGUGGUCAGACUGAAGAAACAGAGGGCGACAGCAAGUCCUCAGUUUUGGACUUUGGCAAAAUAAUCAUCUACACCAGCAAUCUACGCAUCAUAAGAGCACCACCAAAGAAGCCCGAAAUGAUGCGGCAGCACUCUGUCCCUCCGCUGGACUUGGAGGGAUGCCCCAAGGCCCGGGAUAGGGGAAGCCGGAGGAGGGCUAAAGCUCCUCAGGCACAGGAGGAGGGGGAAAAGGAGGAGAAAGGGAUCAGCAACGAAGAUACAGAGGAGGCCGACAGCUGCCAGCAUUGUGGCGGUUCAGGCUGCGCGCCGUGCUCCCUCUGUCAUGGCAGCAAGCUGUCCAUGCUAGCGAACCGCUUCAAUGAGUCCAUCAGCGAUCUGCGAUGCCAAGCCUGCUACCCCCAUGGUCUGGAGAAGUGCCAGUCCUGCUCCAGUAAAUAGCGCCAUUUGGCCGGCACCCAUGUCUGGCGAUGAGAGCGCAGCCCUGAGUGUGUGACCGAUGGGCUAUUGCCUUGUCAGAACCGCCUCAGCUGCAGUACUGCUUUAAUCCAAAAUGUUCUUGGUGGGAUGUUUUGGAGCCCUACAAGGAAACAUAAGCCAUGAGAAGACAGGGGAAUACUGACUGUUCUGCAGACACAAAAUCAUGAAAUAGCAAUUACUGUGUGCAGUGAAUGUUGCAUGAGAUAACACAAACACAUAAUCCCUUUUUUUCCAACUUUUUUUUUUUUUUUUUGCAUCUGUGUGCCUCUUCGCCAUAGAACCUUGUUCGACAACCUUGUUAUAAUUUUAAUUAAAAUGACAAAUUUGGGAGUUAAACGUUCUUACCGACAAAGCGGCUCUUUUGUCAUUUUUUUCCGGUUUAUUAAACAGAGAGAUUGUAACCUUUAUCAUGUCAAAAUGAUGUAUUUGUCAGAGCUAAUUGCUGUUUAUUUUUCUAAACAGGGGUGAAAAGACCCAACCUAGAAAAUAAGGAAAUAGUGUGAAAAGGUAAUUGUUUGAAACAAAGGUGUGUUUAGAUAAGCUAUCUUGAAUCAACUGUUUUAAAAGAAAAUAAUGCACAAUACCUUAAAAAAUUUUUUUUAAGUCAACAGUAAAUACAGGUUCUACAUCCAAAAUUCUUGUUUAAAACUACAUUAUCCCAGUUUUGUGCAUAAUAUGAAAAAGUACAGAGGAGGAAUUUUCAACAAAUGACAGAAGUAGAGCCAGUCCAGGCCAGAACCAAUCCAAAUGAUUGCUUGGUGCCUUCAAACUGAAAGGGGCUCCCAAAGUGUACUUAACUUUUCAGAUUACACAUAUGGGUUUUUAAAAAUGUAGUUGUUUUAACCUUAUUUCAAUAUUCAAAAGAACUGACAAAUAUAAUCAUUGCUAUCAUAUAAAGGAAAACAAUGGCUUAAUUAUUAUAUAGGCAUUAAUAAUUGGAUGUCAUUUGUUUAUUGUACCCAUACUUGGACUAAUUUCAUGCAAACUGUAACUGUAAAUGCAUUUCUUUAUAAAUUACAAUUUUCCUUGUGUACCUUUAAGCACAACCCGUUAAAAUGCACCUUCACUCCUCUUUCCACUGAUUCUGCUUUGAAAUGUUGCACACUGGACACAA